GGGAUCGGGAUCGGGAUCGGGAUCGGGAUCGGGAUCGGGAUCGGGAUCGAGACAGAGAAAGGGAGAGGGAUCGGGAGAGAGAUAGAGAUGACAGAUCCGUGGGCCCACCGCCGCUGCCGCCGUUGGAUCGGGAUAGGGAGCGGGAGGGACGGCGGUUCCGCGGGCACGAUGAUGAUGACCGCGAGUCGGUGAUGGUACGGGAACGGUCGCGCGAGCGGCGCCGCGUGGUGUACGACGACGAGCCCCCGCCGCCGGCUCGCCGCCGGCCGUCGCCGCCCCCGCCUGAGUUCUGGCGUCGGCCUGUCUCGCCCCCGUCGCCCGAGCUGGAGAGGUCGCGCGUGGUGAUCGAGAAGGACCGGUACAGGAGCCCCUCGCCGAGGCCGCGCCCGGGCAGGUUGAUGCGCAGGCAGUCGAGUCUGGAUACGUUCGAUCGCAAGCCGGCGAAGCGCUACUGGGAGAGGGAUGAGGAGUAUGGCCCGCCUGCCCGCAGGGAUGAGCCGCCGCGCGUGCCGCAUUAUGUGGAUAUCCCGCUGCCGCGCACCAAAGCGCUGCCGCCGCCGCGGGUGUAUGCCGAGAGGGAGCGGGAGCACUUUGAUGAGAUCCAGGUGUCGGAUCCGCACCGGUAUGGGGACGAGGAUUUCCAUGCGUAUCCCGAGCGCGUGCGGGAGAGGGAGGUUGUGAGGACGCGGCGCCGUACGAGGAGCCGUGAUUCGAGAGCGAUGAGUCGCCGCCGCGGCCGGUCGAGGUCCUCGAGCUCGAGCAGCUCGUCGAGUGAGAGUGGCGGUACCACGCUCACGACCAGGAGCGAGUACCCCAAGAAGGGCAAGACGCGCAUCCCGGCUCGGCUGGUGUCGAAGCGGGCGUUGAUUGAGUUGGGGUAUCCCUAUGUGGAGGAGGGCAACGUGGUCAUCGUGCAGAAGGCUCUCGGCCAGCAUAAUAUUGACGACCUCCUGAAGCUCAGCGAUGAGUACAAGAAGGGUGAACUCGAAAUCGUCACUGCUCGUUCGAGCGCAGGCGACAUCAUCGAAGAGCGCAUCGAGCGCCGGACCGAGAUCUAUGAAUCCAGCCCUGCCACUCCUGCUUUCCCCCCACCUUCCGCCGCCCAGGUCAUACCCGGCGGCACAGGCCCGGUCAUCAUCGAUGCCAACCCCCCACAUCACCACCACCACCCCGUCGACGUGGUCAAAACCACCGUCGUCCGCGACGUCUCGCCCGCCCGCUACACCACCACCUCCUACGACACAUACGAUACGACCACCUCCUCCUACGACACCUACACCAGCACCAGCGGCCCGCCCGCCAUCGUAGUCGACCGCUCGCGCGAGGUAUCAGGCCACGUCCCCGUCGGGCCCGUCGCCCUCGCCGGCGAGCGGCGCCACCACCACCACCGGCACUCGGGCGCGUACGAGACGGACGACCUGCGCUCCGAGAUCCGCCACCUGGAGACGCAGCUGGCGCGGCGCGAGGGCAGCCGCAGCCGCCACCGGCAUAGUCACAGCCACAGUCGGCACCGCAGCCGCAGCCUCAGCCGUGGUGGUGGUGAGCUGGUCCGCGCCGAGCGCCUCAGCACGGGCGAGCUGGUUCUGUAUGAGGAGGAGAUCGAGCAGAUCCAGGAACCGAGCCGCGGGGGCCCGCGCAUUGAGAGGGAUAAGCGAGGUAGGCUGUCUAUUAGCAUGCCGAGGUAUCGGUAGUUGGUGUUUUGUUUGUGGAUGGUGGGUUUUGGUUUGUGUUUGUUUGUGUGGUGUGUGUGUGUGUUCGUUUGUGUGUGUGUGGUGCUGUGCCUUUUUUAUCGCUUUCUCUUUCUUUCUUUCGUAUGGGUCCGCCGCCGAAGUUGAUGAG